AAGAUUAACUUUUAGCCUUGAACCUCGUCUGCACUCACGGGGCUGUGGGCUGUGACUUGCUGUUUCCUGCCACAUCCAGCUGUGAGCCAGGCUUCGAGUGGCUGCCUCUACAUACCACUUUCGUGAGCCCUGGAGGACCCCACAGUCAGGUGCAGAAAUGUCCGUGGUGUGUCUGACAGACUUUGAGGCCCAUGCGCGGGAGCGUCUGUCCAAGUCAACUUGGGAUUAUAUCGAAGGAGGAGCUGGUGAAGGCUUCACCCGGGACGACAACAUCGCAGCAUUUAAAAAAAUCCGCCUCCGGCCCCGGUACCUGAGAGAUGUGUCGCAGGUGGACACCCGGACCACAAUCCAAGGGGAGGAGAUCAGUGCCCCCAUUUGCAUCGCACCCACGGGUUUCCACUGCCUGGCCUGGCCCGAUGGAGAGACCAGCACAGCCAGAGCUGCCCAAGCAGCCGGCAUCUGCUACAUCACCAGCACAUAUGCCAGCUGUACCCCGGAAGACAUCGUUGCCGCGGCCCCCAGAGGCUUCCGGUGGUUCCAGCUCUACGUGCAGCCAGAUCGGCAGCUAAACAAACAGCUGGUCCAGAGGGUAGAAUCCUUGGGGUUCAGAGCCCUGGUGAUCACCGUGGAUGUGCCCAAACUUGGCAACAGGCGACAUGACAUUCGCAACCAACUGAACUUGAAGACAAAUUUACUGUUAAAGGAUCUUCGGUCACCUCAGGAGAGAAAUUCAAUGCCAUAUCUGCAGAUGUCUCCCAUCGACUCAUCCUUCUGCUGGGAAGAUCUCUCCUGGUUUCGGACCAUAACUCAACUGCCCAUCAUCCUUAAAGGGAUCUUGACAAAAGAGGAUGCAGAGUUAGCUGUGAAGCACAAUGUGCAGGGCAUCAUUGUUUCCAACCACGGAGGGAGGCAACUUGAUGACGUUCCUGCUUCUGUGGACGCCCUGCCGGAAGUGGUGGCUGCUGUGAAAGGGAAACUGGAGGUGUACCUGGAUGGUGGGGUCCGGACGGGCAACGACGUGCUCAAGGCUCUGGCCCUGGGGGCGAAGUGCGUCUUCCUGGGGAGACCAGUUCUGUGGGGUCUUGCCUGCAAGGGUGAACAUGGUGUUGGGGAAGUUUUGAACAUUGUAAAGGAUGAGUUCCACACGUCCAUGGCCCUUACAGGCUGCCGGUCGGUUGCUGAGAUCAAUCAAGACCUGAUCCAGUUCUCCAGGUUGUAAAGAAAGAGCUGGGGACAGGACUGCCGAGGUGGCCCACGGGAAGACCAAGCCAGAGCCUGUGUGUGACGCCAUCCUGCCCAGGCCCCAAUCCUCCUAUCCAGCGGCUCAACCACUUCACCCCACACUUCUGGCCCCAAACCCUCAUCUGCCUCAAAUGUGUCAGGCCCUCCUCUGCCUCACUGCUUUUUACAUGCUGUUCUCUCGCCUGAAAUCCCCCUCUGAAAGAAAAGGGCGGGUCAAUGAUGACUGACUAGUGGAUGAAAUUCUUGCAUAUCCUCUACAUCUCUAUGAAACAUCUAUGGGCAUCUGCAUUCUGGACAGAAGAGCAAUACAUAUAAAGUCACCCCCCAACAAAAAUCAUCCUCCUGUCUAAAGAUAGUAGGGAAAUAAUAGAGUUUAAAACAUAGGCUGUGGAGUCAUGCAAACAAGGGGUUAACAGUCAGGACUGCUCCUGACAAGCUGGGUGCCUUGGGGAAGUUUUUCAAUAUCUCGGUGUUUUCUUGGCCUCCUCCCCGGGCCUCAUCCCCCAUCACCCCUUAGGAUGACACAUCACAUGCAGUGGGGCGUGGUGCACUUCCUAGAACUUCGUCCUCUGGAAUUUCACUUCUAGAUCUCAGAACUCUGCCUCAGACACCAUUUGUGUCACGUCCACAACUUUGGUCUCAUUAUCUCUUCACAUCAGAAAUAAGAAAAUACCUCAGUACCAGAUUGUUCUUUGUGAUGCAAAAGAAUGACUAACAGCCUUGAAAAUACGGUUUGAAACCAGAGAAUCAUUGGUAGAAUAACAUCCACUCUUUUAACCCCUUCACAACCUCACAAGCCAGAUUUUUUUUUCAUACUUGUUAGACA